GAUAUGCGCUGCACAGUCUGACGAAAGCAAAGAUAUGAUCCACAGCCCGCGCGCGAAUUGCGUUCGCCAAAGCAACACGUGGAUGCGCCAUCCCCGGCGAGUGCGAGUGCAUUCCGACGGUAGCGAGAAAGACUAGCUGGGGUGCCCAUAACUCACGCGAGUGUAGCGAAACGAUUACUCGAUUCAUUUGUUUAAUAAUAGAUGCCAAUUAAUCUUGUAAAAAAAUAAUCAUCUACAAUCAAGGAUGGAUGGAGAGAUCUCCGAGUGUCGUGCUGCAGAAAAAUAUGAACAGAGUCUGAUGAAAUCAUCAGUGAUCAUCAGUGGUGGCAACAGUACCUACUACUAAUGCUGUGCAUAUGUUCAGCCGCCCAAAUUAUAGUUUCCUCCGUGUUUGAAGAAGCAUUAUCUGCUAAACUCCUAGGCGUCCUAUUUUGCCCUUUUCAUUGCGGCGCUGCAAUUCCGUAAAUGCUCAUUUAGUCUCGUUGGGGCUUAAGACGAUUACUUACAGCAGGCAGUGAACGGCGAAAACAGCUUGAUCAUAAGUGACAACUUGAAUGUCGCCACAAACCCCAUCAAUAAAAUGACUCAUCGAUUAUCUACCAUCGCAUGAUAUCAAAACCUGGCAGCAUCCGUAAACAGACGAUCUCUUCAAACAGGAGGCACUCCUUCUCCCUGCAGUGAAUAACGAUGUCGCUUUCGAUUAGCAAGCUGAAAAACAUCCUCCACACAUCGCCGACAGAUGGUGCCACAACCACGCAGCAGCAGCGCAAAGCGAACAAAGCCAACAACAACGAGCGGCUGGAACCCGAGGUUGGCUUCAAGCUAACGCUCGAUCCAGGUUCGUGCGCUGACUACGACGAAGGUGAAGUUGUAGAAGGCGGCUCUCGAAAAAGUCAGCCGCCCCAGACGAACGAAAGUUCAGCGGCUGCAAUACCCGAGCUUCAAGUGCAUCUAGUCGGAGCACGCCAUCUGCCGACCAGUUUUGGACUGAAAAGUGUCGAAGGAUAUAUGAUUAAAAUCAAACUGUUCCCCGGAGCGGCAAAGUUUGAUUCCUCCAUACAGACCACUUCGUGGCCAACCUUCGGGGAGACGUUUCGAUUUCCGUUGGCUGCUAGUCAUAAAUCAUCGUUUCGAGUGAAGAAAAAUCAACCGAAAGUGAAACCAGAUGAAACGGUGCCUGAGAAACUUUUCAACGGAAAUUUUGUUGUUUUUACAGUAUUUGCUCUCUUGGAGUUACCACCAGGGUAUACAUCGACACUGAAGAAUAAAACGAUGACCUUCAUUCGGCAAGGCAGCCAACGGUUGAAGGAUAAACCAGUGAUUGGAAAGCUAGUCAAGGACGUGGAUCCACCAGAUGCCAAAAAUGGGAAUUUUGACCAGAAGCAUAAUCUGAAAAAGCUAACAACAAGCGAGAGCCAGCGAAAUAUAGGAUCGGUCACGUACUUUUUGGAACCGAAAGCAUUCAAUGAAAUGUGUCGGGGUAGAUUGUUCACGACGGAGGAGAUGUGGUUGCCCAUCAAGGACAUCACCAUGACGCAACCGGCCGAAACGAGAAUGCAGAUUUUCCAGAGUCCGAAAGGUCAAGUUGAAGUAACACUGCAGCUGUGCGACUACACGGAAGUGAACUUCGACAGUAGUAACCCAUCGCAGGAGGAUCUGUCGUUCAACAUUGAUGGUCCAUAUUCCCCAACCUCAUCAACAUCAUCUUCUUCCGCGUCGAGCCCGUUAUCGCGGUUUAAGAAGCAACCCUCCUGCGGAUCUCCAGUGCCAAACUCAAUCUCCCACAAAAAUCGAUUCAGUUUCGAUAAUGUUAAGAAACUGGUCAAAAGUGUCAAAAACAAAGACAAAAAUCACAAAGGUCUGUGUUUAAAAAUUUACACAUCAAAAAUUCGCUGUGGUAUUAAAGUUAAGGAAGAAUUCGAGGAGGUUAGUGAGAAGAUCUAUCUGAAAACAACCGUUUUGGAGCAUGAAAUUUUAUCAGCUUCCUGGAAAUCGGAACCAUUCCGACCGACACUUUCGGCCCGAUGGAACCCCGAGGACUGUACGAUUGUGAUGCCAUUAAGUGACGAAAGCUGUUUGGAAUAUGUUUCCAUUAGGGUCGCGAUGGCAGCAAAGAACAAGGUGGGCAAGAAAGUGUAUCUUGGUCAGGUGUUCCUCGGCCCAAAUGCACCAACCUCAAACCCAAUCAAACAGGACCAAUGGCGGAAGAUGAUCGCUUACAAAGGGUCGCCCAUCUCCAUCUGGCACAAUUUUGAGUAAUCUGAAUACGAGUGCUGAAUAUUGACGCAUUUUAAACUAAUUUUUUAAUCACAAAGCAUGGAUCGAUAGUAUAAACUUGCUGUGUCAUAUAGUUUUACAACAUUACUACAUAUUUAUACACCUAUUUAUGUAUCUGCGAUUUGAAUAUCUAUUAAAUACAUCAAUAUUGCAAAUCUGUGCAACAGA